CAAAUCUCCAUGCUCAGCCCUAGGUAGCUAUUCUCUUCUUCCUCUCCUCCCUCUCCUCGUUACCAAGAUCAAGAAACCUACUAGCUGUUGAUGGAGGAUCUCUCGGAUCUUGGAGCCCAUGGCCACCCGGGCGCUGCUGCAAGGCCGCCGCUGUGUCCGUUGCCGUCGUCUUCCAAAGUCUCCGUGCAAGUCUACACCGUCCCUAGCUCAACCGCCGGCGGUGGAGCUCGGGCUCAAGUUGUUGCACCGGCGGGACAUGCUUCUAGCGGUAGCGGCCAUGGCGGCCGCGUCGGUGAUCUAGACCCGGUCAAGGCCAAGAUCGUCUCCCACCCUCGCUACCACGGCCUCCUCACCGCCUUCUUGGACUGCCACAAGGUCGGCUGCCCUCCGGAAGCGGCCGAGGAGAUCGCCGCGGCGGCGCGGGAGCGCGAGGCGUGGCAGCGCGCGGCCGCCGGCGACGGGCACACAACAAGGCCGGACCCGGAGCUCGACCAGUUCAUGGAAUCUUACAUCGAGCUGCUUGUGGCGUGGAAGGAGGAGCUGAGCCGGCCGCUGCGGGAGGCCAAGGAGUUCCUGACGACGGUGGAGUCGCAGCUCAACUCCAUUGCUAGCACCGGGCCACCCCUCGGAGCUCCCAUCUCAGCAGAUGAUAAAAUCGGACUGGAUAAUUUGUCCGACGAAGACGACCAAGAAGAAGGCAGCGGCAUGGAGUCAGAGGAAGCUCUCGGCAUCGACCCUUGCUCCGAUGACAAGGAGCUCAAGAGGCAUCUCCUAAAGAAGUACAAGGGGUGCUUGGGCAGCCUGAGGAAGGAGCUGUGCAAGAAGAGGAAGAAAGGCAAGCUCCCCAAGGAGGCCCGGCAGAAGCUGCUUAGCUGGUGGGAGCUGCACUAUCGAUGGCCCUACCCCUCGGAGAUGGAGAAGGUCGCGCUGGCGGAGUCGACGGGGCUGGAGCAGAAGCAGAUCAACAACUGGUUCAUCAACCAGCGGAAGCGGCACUGGAAGCCGUCGGAGGAGAUGCAGUUCGCGGUCAUGGACGGCUUCCACCCGGUGCCGCCGAACGCCGCCGCCGCGCUCUACGUCGACGCGCGCCUCGUGGGAGCAGCGCCGGCGAUGUUCUACGCCCGGCCGGAUCAUGGGGCUCAUGACCUCUGGCAUAACUAAGCCCGACUACUACGGUGUGUGCCCUGCAACCUGCAUGGCACAGUUGCGUUGCUCUAUCGCCAUCGCACCCCAAGAAACUUGUGCGUGUCAGGACGGCAUGAAAAGGCCUCCUUAUAGGUUUGCAGAGAGCUUUGGAUACUGCUUGUGGUUGGUAAGUUAGUUUUCGGAUGAAGCAAGAACUGAAAUUACGAUCUGGAGAUAGCAGGUUACUAGCUAACGAGAGGCUUUUGUAUGUAAGUGAAGAUUGAACGGCGAAGAAAGACCCUGUUCAGUAGACAA